AUGUCAGCCGAAGAAUACAAAGCGCAAGGAAACAAGCAUUUCGCUGCCAAGGAGUUUGAGCAGGCCAUUGAAUACUUCACCAAGGCCAUCGAGGCGUCUCCAACUCCAAAUCAUGUUCUUUUUUCAAACCGGUCCGCUUCUUACGCCUCGUUGAAAAACUAUAAAAAGGCUCUUGAAGACGCCCAGCAAUGUAUCGAAGCCAACUCGCUGUGGGCAAAGGGCUACAACAGAGUGGCAAGUGCCCAUUAUGGUUUGGGCAACUAUGAAGAUUCCAAGAAAGCCUACCAAAAGGCACUCGAACUCGACCCCAGUAAUGCCAUGGCCAAGGACGGAUUGAAAGCCGUAGAAGAAGCCGAGGCUUCGCGCAACAGUCAGCCAGACUUGGGCUUGGGUGCUAUGUUCUCGGAUCCCAAUUUGAUCGCCAACUUGAGAUCCAAUCCAAAGACGGCUGAGCUCAUGAAAGACCCGGAAUUGGUGCAAAAGGUGAUGAAUGUGCAACAAAACCCAAAGGCAAAUGCCAUGCAGUUCAUGACUGACCCUAGAAUGAUGCAGAUCAUGGCCACGUUGAUGGGAAUCGACAUGGAUGCUCCUCCUUCUAUGGGCGGUGAACAGCCUUCGUCAGCCUCAACUUCUUCGUCAAAUGCUGCACAAUCGGAACCAGAACCCGAAACCAAACCAGAACCAAUGGAGACCAGCAAGACCGCUGAGGACCCUGUGGUGUCUGAGCCAGAACCUAUGGAGACCAGCAAGUCCGAAGCCGAUGCAGCCAAAGCUGAAGGAAACACUCUUUACAAGCAAAAGAAGUUUGAUGAAGCCAUUGCUCUUUACCAGAAAGCUUGGGACCUCCACAAGGACAUCACAUACCUCAACAACCGUGCUGCUGCUGAAUACGAAAAGGGAGACUAUGACGCAGCCAUUCAGACUUGUCAGACUGCCAUUGAUGAAGGCAGAGAAAUGAGAGCCGAUUACAAAAUCAUUGCCAAGUCGUUUGCCAGAUUGGGUAACAUCUACUUAAAGAAGGAAGAUCUUGAGACAGCUGCCAAGUACUUUGACAAAUCGUUGACCGAGCACAGAACCCCAGACGUUUUGAACAAGUUGAGAUCAACCCAGAAAGAGAUCAAGGUUCGUGAGGCACAAAGCUACAUUGACCCUGAGAAGGCAGAAGAAGCACGUUUGCAAGGUAAAGAGUACUUCACAAAGGGAGAUUGGCCUAAUGCUGUCAAGGCGUAUACCGAAAUGGUCAAGAGAGCCCCAGAAGAUGCCCGUGGAUACUCUAAUAGAGCGGCCGCUUUGGCCAAAUUGAUGUCGUUCCCCGACGCCGUCGACGACUGUAACAAGGCUAUUGAGAAAGACCCAACGUUUAUUCGUGCUUACAUUCGUAAAGCUAAUGCUCAAUUGGCCAUGAAAGAAUACUCUCAAGUUAUCGAGACUUUGAACGAGGCUCGUGAAAAGGACUUGAGUCUUGGCGAGGGAAAGAAUGUUAACGAGAUUGACCAAUUACUCAACCGUGCUAUGUCCCAGAGAUUCCUGGCUAUCGAGGGUGAGACUCCAGAGCAGACCAUGGAGAGAGUUUCGAGAGAUCCUGAAAUUGUGUCCAUUUUGCAGGACCCAGUUAUGCAAGGUAUUUUGAGUCAGGCCCGCGACAACCCUGCUGCUUUGCAAGACCACAUGAGAAACCCUGCCGUCAGCAAGAAGAUCAAUACAUUGAUUGCAGCCGGUGUUAUCAGAACCAGAUAA